CAUGCUGCCGGCUCGCCUCUUCUCGGGACGUCUCCUGCGGGCAGCGCUCCUCGGCCAGCCCCUGCCGCGGGGAGCCGCCGGCGGUGGGGAGUCCGCCCGGAGCCCGAGUGCCGUCCGCGCUGAGCAGGCUCACAAGGUGGUUGCAAGUUACAAACCUUCACAGUUUGACAAAAAAAUCCUUGUCUGGACUGGACGUUUCAAGAGAGAAGAAGAGAUUCCUCCUAGAAUCCCGCCAGAGAUGCUGGACAGAGCAAGAAACAAAGCUCGAGUUAAAGCUUGUUACAUCAUGAUUGGACUCUCGAUCGUUGCCUGCUUUGCAGUGAUUGCUUCAGCUAAAAAGGCUGCUGCACGGCACGAGUCCUUGACCAGCUGGAACUUGGCAAAGAAGGCCAAGUGGAGGGAGGAGGCUGCACUGGCUGCACAGUCGAAGACAAAAUAACCGCAUACAAAAGGCCAGAAGUCCUUCUAGGAUCAAAACCUAACUGCUAAGAGUGAUUAGUGAAUGUCACCAAUUUACAGACAACAGCGGUACUGCACACACUGGAGCAAAUAAAGGUAGUAGUUCCAGGCUCACAAAAUAGAAGUGGAAGGUCUCUUUUACUAGGGAGAUACUCAAUAUAUUUGUUGCAUAUAAUUAAAAUUCAUUAGAAUAUUUUGCAUUACCAUUAAAAGCAGUAACUAAUUUCAAAAGAAGAGGAAGUAGCCUAAGAACAGCAGGUGCAUUUACAACAUUUAUGUGACAUUUCCAAGACAUUUCCAACAUGCUUAAAGCCAAAGGGUUCUGCCUGGUGACAAUGCACACUGAUCUGCCACUUGGAAUUCCCCUGCCUCGCUGCUGUAUUCCAAAUGGCAUCUGUGGUUCCUAGUUCAAGAAGUCACCCCCUUAUUGUCCCACUAAAUAAAUACAACCAACAUCUGUAAAAUA